AAUAAACAUCAACAAAAAACAUUUUAAACAGAAUUAUCGUAAUUAAUAGUCAACAAAAAGUACAUAGUGAUUAUUUCUUUCAAUAUUAUUUUAAUCUGAAAUACAAGUGCAUAAAAAUGAAAAGUGAUUUCGAGAAAGAAAGUACAAGCAAUAUUUUAAAAAAAUAUGGCAUAUUUUUCAAGAUGCAGUAUCAGGUUUUGGCAUUCAAUUGCAAUAAUGAAAUACUAGAUGAUAAUAAAACAUUUUUGCCGAUUCAAUUACUCAUGAGUCCACACGAGCUCGUACCAAUUACUGAGUUAGUAGUAUCGGAUAACACAUUUAUGACUAAAGUUUUGAGUGUGUUUACUUCCUUAUGUGUUGAAGUAAAUAACUUGAAAGAGGAAGCCUUUGAAAAGUAUUUUAUCUACUUGGCUGCUUAUGAAAAAUAUGAAACAGAAGAUGUGAGUUCCCAGAUGGAAAUGAUAUGCUUACUCUGCGCAUUUAUCAUUCGAUGUGAUGAAACUUUAAGAAACAUGUGCAACCAAGUUUUUGCUUUGUUUUCCGAUGGAACUGUUAAUCUCAAUUGCAUUCAACUACACUAUAUCAUCAACCACAUUGGAGAGAUAUUUACUAUUCUUGUCUUACUUGAAAUACUGAUAGCCAAUACUUCAAUGCCCACAAAUUGGAAUAAAUUUUGCAAAACAUUAAAAACAUACCAUAACAAGAACUCGGCAGCUUUAGAUAUUACUGAAGAGAAAUUUAAUGCAAUGAUGGGGGCUAUUAAUAACAUCACAGUCAAAAUAAUGAAUGAUGAUAUUGUACAAAAAUCAUUACAAAGUGUAUCACUAUUGAGAAAGAACUUGAUUGACAAGAAUUGUUCUAUGAUAGCAACAGAGUUUUCACACUACCUUAAACAGGGAAUUAUAAAUUUGGACAAACUUGUACAGGAACAACCCAAUGUUCGAAAUAUGUACAAAUGUAUUAAAAUUAAUAGUUUAUUUGUAUUGUCUUCACAAUUGUUUGGUAAUGUAGACAAGAAGAUAUUUAAGUCAUUAGUGGAAUUGAACACAAAGGCACACAGUGUUCAUGUGAUUGGAACAACUAUGUGGUAUCCUGAGCAAUUUCUACAGAAACAUGCCCCUGCACUUUGUGCAAAACAGGAAAAAUUAUCACAAACUAUGUUGAAAACACGGCAAUCGUAUAUCAAUAUGAAAAAAACUAGCCUAUCUCGUGAUAUAAUUAAUCUUCAAAUAGUAUGUGGUCAAUGGGUGUUAAAUAUUGAAGAUUUCUUUUCUGCUGAUCAUCAUAGGCUUAGUGCUGCUGAAAUGAAUUUACAUUCCAGAACUCUUUUAAAUGGCUUGGACCUAGCAUCCAGAAUCAAUCAUGAAGUUUUGACAUUGAUAAAUUUACAUCUUUCCCUUGGGAUACCUCUUCCAAAGAGUAUGUUAAUGUUGGUAUUUGAGAUAAUCAAUAUUUUAAAAUCAAUGCUGAAUGCAAUAUCACGGCAUAGAAGCCAAAUAAUUUUAUCUAUCAAUAUGGUCAUUCAACAUUUUGUAUUCCAAGCAACAUCAACAAUAUUAGAAGUAAAGAAAUUAUUAGUUUCAGACAAGAAUUUCGCAAAUAAAAGAUUGGAUGAACUUACAUGCAUCGUUAUUGCAGAAAAAGCACUUCGUGGCGUAGCUACAAUUGAACGAAAUGUAGUAGCUAACACAGCACUGAGCUUUAUACCUGAAAGUACUUAUUUAGAAGACAGCUAUGUAAAGCUUGGUUUGUUGUUAGAGAAUGUUCAAACAUUGACAAACUUGAUGAAAUCAAUGGAAAGUUUUUGCAAUUGCUCUUGGCUGUUCUGGCAUCAGAACAUAUUUCCAAUUUACUUUGAUCAAAACUUUUCUAUGCAAUUGAGUACUUUAAAAUUAAAAUACUUCUUAAUGGCCUUAGAAGACUGUACGGUGCUAUUACAUAAAACAGAUAAAUUAUUUGAUAGUAAUAUAAAAGAAGAUUUUAUGGAAACAGUUAAAAAGUACAUGGAACAAAAAUUUAUCAAAGGUGCAAGUCAGAAUAUUGAAACAAAUUUACGAUUGCAUAUACAUUCACAUCUUCAACUUGAUGUAAUCAAUCCAUUUACUUUUGAAAUGGUAAAAAAAUUGCUUCUAGCAAUUAAUACUUUUAGAGUUCAGUACAUUUACAUGUGUGUUGUGCCAUCAGUUGAACACUAUCUUUCAACAAUGUUCUACAACCUAACUACCGUUGUAUUAUCAGAUUGGAAAACUUAUGGUGAAAUGAGACAAAUGGCGAGACUAAAAUUCAAUUUAAAAACGGUUCAAGAUAAUCUCCCAACUCAGACUCUGGAGCAGGGCCUAGAUAUACUAGAGAUUAUGCGCAACAUUCAUAUAUUCGUUUCGAAGUAUCUUUACAAUCUAAACAAUCAAAUAUUUAUUGAAAGAAGCAGCAACAAUAAACACUUGAGCUCAAUUAACAUUCGACAUGUCGCCAAUUCUAUACGGACUCAUGGUACUGGGAUAAUGAACACAACAGUGAAUUUUACAUACCAGUUUUUAAAAAAGAAGUUCUUUACAUUUUCUCAGUUCAUGUAUGAUGAACAUAUAAAAUCCAGGUUAAUUAAAGAUCUUAGAAUCUUCAAAGAAACCACUGAUGGAAACUACAGCUACAUGUAUCCAUUUAAAAAUGCAGAAAGAUUUAACAAGGGUAUAAAGGUGUUGGGACUUUCAGAGGAUGGACAGAGUUACUUAGAUCUGUUUCGAGAUCUUAUUAGUCAAAUUGGAAACGCCAUGGGAUAUGUUAGGAUGAUUAGGUCAGGCGGCCGACAUUGCUGUUCGGAUGCGACUGUUUUCCUGCCAAAUCUGGAAGAUGUUGUUAAUUUCAAAGAACUAUGCCAAAAAGAGGCUCUUGGGCCCCAGACUGUUCAAUCAGCGGAAAUUCUAGAUCAGAACACAAACGACCUUAUUUCCAACUUUAUUCAAGGAACUGAAUAUUUCAAGCUGCUGGUAGACGUGUUCUCACCCGUUUUCCGAAAUCCUAAGAAUGUUCAUUUGAAGAAUUUUUAUAUUAUUGUUCCUCCAUUGACACUUAAUUUUGUGGAACAUCUAAUCUUGUCGAAAGAUAAAAUGUCGAAAAAGAAUAAAAUAGGAGCUGCUUUUACUGAUGAUGGUUUUGCUAUGGGAAUUGCUUACAUACUGAAAUUACUAGAUCAGGAUUCUAAUUUUGAAUCUCUACACUGGUUUGAAUCAGUAUGGAAACACAUUGAUGACGAAAGAAAGUUACUAGAAGAACAGAAAAACAAAGGAACCAUUCAAUUACAACAAGCCUUAGCAUUGACCGAGAAGAAAAUAAAAACAUUAGAAGAAGAGUACAAACUCCUCUAUUACAGUCUUACAAGUGCCAGAAUAUUUUUUCGUUAAAUUAUUUAAAGUCGGCGAUGAGUGUUGAAGUCUACUCUAUUUAAACUAUUAAUAGGCAUAUGCUGGGUUAAGUCCGGACGAAAUCGUGAGCACUAUAGCUGAGACGGCUUAACUGAAGCGUUCGUUUGGAGAUCCACGCUGCACCAUCUUGACAAUAGGGAUUCAAACAAACGUUGCUGAUUUUGAUUGAAAAGUGUUGUCAUUCUUGUUCAAUUUAAAAAUCAACAAAUGAACUCUUAUAAAAAAAGCUACGGAAAUAUUUAUCUAAUAUAAUAACAUAUUGAGUUUAAUAAGGACCAAAAAAACAUUAUUUCUUGAAGGUAUUUUCGGUUAAUAAAUAAUAAUUUAAUUAAGUAACAGUGACUCAACGAUUUCUGUUACAACUGUUGCUCAGGCUAUUCUAAUUUCUAUAUAUAUAUAUUUAUUGCUUUGUUGGACGGACGAGCUCACAGCCCACCUGAUGUUAAGUGGUUACUGGAGCCCUUGGACAUCUACAACGUAAAUGCGCCACCCACCUCGAGAUAUAAGUUCUAAGGUCUCAGUAUAGUUACAACGGCUACCCCACCCUUCGAACCGAUAUAUUUGUAAUGUCAUGAGGUAAACUCUAAUGAGAUAUUAUUAUCUUACACUGUAAUUGUAGAGUAGAAGGAGGUGUUUAAUACAUGGACCACUGUGGUGCGUCAUUUAUGGUUUACGUCAUCACAUUACAAUAGCAAAAUUUCAAAAUAUAUAAAGAAAUUCCAAAAAGUAUUGCACUCACAUUUUAUAAUUAUCAUCUUUAAAUGCUUUUAGAUUGUUUUUUGUCACAUACUGCAAAUAUUAAUCUAAUAUAUCUGAAUUGUAAAAUAAUAUCUAAAAUAGUGUGCCGAAUUUCCAACAAUAUAUUUUAUCAAUUUAUUGCGACCUACUUGUUAUAUUUCGAACAGUCAACUUCAGAUUUUACUCUACUUACUAGUUUACAUGUUCAUUUACUUUACUUAUUAGGGCAAACUAAGAAAUAUAUUUAUCCAGAAUUCA